AUGAUUUCGUCUCAGACUAGAAUCGAAUCGGUCGCCAUUAUUGGCGCAGGUCCAUCGGGCGCGAUAGCGGCGGCGGCACUCAAGGCCGAGAACUACUUUGACCGAAUUCGGGUGUUUGAACGACGUGAAACCGCUGGUGGUACUUGGAUUCAUGAUCCGGAUCCCGGGCCCGCCGCUCCCGUCGAGCCCGGGAAGCUGCCUUCUGAGAUCGACGCACAUCUAGAUAUACCAAGCAAUCUGCCAACGACGACCUUGCCAGAUAGAACGAAUCGAUGGGCCACCACGCCUGUCUAUGACUCUCUGAGGUGA